AACCUCUAGUGUCAUCUUCACCUCGGCUACGUUCGAAGGGUAAACGGACUCCAGAAAAUACACUAAAUUAAGUUAUUUUUAAUAUUAAUCUAGUUUAAAAUCAGUCACAAUGGCAAAGCUACUAGCGUCGCUAAAAAGCAAAGAAUUCAGAGAUUACCUGAUGAGCACACAUUUCUGGGGUCCGGUAGCAAACUGGGGCAUUCCUUUAGCAGCCAUUGCAGACACUCAGAAAGAUCCCAGCUUUAUAAGUGGGAAAAUGACAUUCGCGCUGUCGCUGUACUCUCUAAUGUUCAUGCGGUUCGCCUGGCGGGUGCAGCCGCGCAACCUGCUUCUCUUCGCCUGCCACUUCACCAACGAGUGCGCGCAGCUCACGCAAGGCGCGCGCUUCAUCAACUACCAGUACCUCGGCGGCAAGGCUGCUAGCGAGAAUAAAGCGGUCAGCGAGACUAGCGACAAAACUAGCGAGACUAGUCAAAAAUAGAUAUAACGAGACGUUGUCGCGAGCGACGUAAUCUUGCCAGCCAUCCUGUGUAGUAGCAAAAAUACCUGAAUAAAAAAUAAUCAUCCUUUUUAGGGUGGUUAAGACAGAGAUGGACUUGGUUAGUCUUAAAAAUGUGUCGACGCAUAUAAAAAUUACUUAAGUCCCCAAAAUUUACAUAAAUUAAAUUCUCUUAUAAUUUUGCGUGGACUAAAGCAAUUUUGAUAUGUAGGUAUAGACAUAAAUGAACGUUACAGUUUCUUAGCCGAAUUUGACACGUUUUAUGCCAGUUUCGUUUAUUUACAUUGCAGAAGUUACCUUAGAUAUCUGUUAUUAAUUAAGAUUUAAAUACUGGGAGCAGUAGGUAAAUAGAUAGUUAAUUAGUAAGUAGGUAGUCACUUACGGCUUAGCUCUGAUGCCUAUGAUGCCUGUAAUCAAUACCAAUAUCAUAGAAUAGUAACACGCCAUUCAUGAAUGACGAUAUUUUUAUCGAUAUUAAACUUUCGUGAGACAUAUUUUUAUUUUUUAUUUUAGAGAUAUUUUUAUCAAUUAAAUAAGAAAGAAAUACAUAGCUAUUCAAUAUUAAUUUAAGGGUGAUUCAAAUUUCGACGAAGUAGUUUUUUUUUGAGUCUCAAUCGCGUAAUGUAGUCUUUUACGUUUUAGGGUCGCAUAUUGAAAGUUAUUUUACCUAUUUUUUUGAAUUUUCCUUGGCGGACAACGAGUCGUAAAAUAACACGGCUCUCUGAGUAUUAUUUAACUUAACACAGUCGCUGCCCCCGACGCACAUGUGCGUCCACCGUCAUACAAGUUUGUUCUUAGGCCACGCCCCCUGGCAGUGAAUGCGUUAACAGUGUCAAAUAACAUAUUUAAUACAAGGUCAGGGGGCUCUAUUCGACUAUUUAGAGUGGAAGCUAAGUUCAAGUAAAUACUCUAGAUAGUUAGGUAUAAAAUAUACCUAGCUAGCUUUUAUUUACCUACUCAUUUACAAUAAAGUGGCAGUAGACACCUCAAGACAUGUCAAUCUGACGAGUCAAAUAGGCCUCCAGUUACUGACAUAUCCUUACAUGUUGAAACUGAUUUCGUUCUUCUUCAGUAGGUACGACGAGAUGCAAAAGUGCAUAUCCACUUUAUGAAUGGAAUUCAUCGUACAGUGGCUAUGCACUUUUGCAGCUGGGUGUAAGUCGAAGUGAUAAUUAAGGUAAAUUGUGCUAGUGUAGAAACUGACGUGACUCGAUCCAUUAAUAUUAUACGUAGGUUGUAUAUUCUUUAUGUUUGUAAAGAUGGGUAUAUUUUUUGACUAUUUAUAAAUAUCGAAUAUUAUCAAUUAUUACAUUUUAUUGUUGAUCUGUUUAA